AUGAGGAGUGUUCUUAACCAAGCAGCGGAAAGGAAUGAAGAAAGGAAGCAAGCUGAAAUAGAGCAUUUAGAUUGCGGAGCUAGAGUUCUAGAGAAGGUAACGCGUCAUAUGAGUGUCUUUACUAAAGGCGACUUAAUGAGAGCAGUGAAAUACGUAGCAGAUGUGGAAAGAAGAGAAAAGUUAGUAUCAGAUGCUUUAGCAGAUAAAUCAGUAAUAGCGUUGUAUCAAGAGGAUGGCAGGGUUACUGGGUACUAUACUACAUCUGCAGUUAGAGUAGAAGAGCAGAGGAUAUUGCGUCUUAGCAGUUAUGUAUCAAGUGUUCAGAAUGUGUUUACGAGUAAUCAAGAUAUAUUUAAACGUACAAUUGAAUCAAUCGUAGCAGUAGAGGGUAAGCUAACAGAAGAGCAGCAUCAUGCUUUAACUGAGUUACUAACAUCGAAGUCGGCUUUACAGAUAGUGCGAGGUAGGGCAGGGGUUGGAAAAAGCCAUGUAUUGCGUCAGAUUGCUGCAAUUGCUCUCGAGUGUAGAAUAUAUGCGAUAGGAGUUGCUCCAACCCAUAAAGCUAAAGAGGCAUUAGCUUCUGAUGGUUUUAGGCAUACUGAUACGAUUAAGGGUAUGCUGUUUAAAUUAGCUAAUGGAAGAUUUGCUUUGCCAAAGAAUAGUCUGCUAGUAGUAGAUGAAGGGGGAAUGAUAGGAAAUGAUGAUUUUAGUGAGUUACUAAGAGUAGCAGCUACUCGCAAAUGCACAGUAAUUUUGUCAGGAGAUGAGCGUCAGCUGACUAGCGUACAGCGAGGAGGGAUGUUUGAGGUGUUAGCGAACAAAUAUGGUAGUAGUACAAUAUUAGAUAUAAAACGUCAGGACAGCGAUUGGGGGAAGCAGACGGCUAUGGCAUUGUCUAAUGGAGAUGUUAGAAGAGCUGUGAGUAUAUUAGAAGAAGAGCAAAGAAUUAAGUGGAGUUCUGAUGCAAUUCAGUCAAUGCAAAGUUUAGUAGCAGAUUGGCAUAAGAGCAGUUAUGCUAUUGAUGAUAAAAUAGUACUAGCGGUAAGAAACAAAGAUGUAGCAGCCUUAAAUCAUGGAGUACGUCAAUAUUUAAAGCUAGAGGGUAAGCUAAAGGGUCAAGAGAUAGAAGUAGGAGGUAAGAAAUUAGGGGAAACGGGUCAUGUUGCUAAUAGAAGUGGUGUUGUGGAUGAUGUAACAAGUAUCGCAUCUAAUUCUAGCGUUAAUGAUACAGGUGUGUCAGCGUGUGGUACGGCUAUGUUAGAGGGUGGUAAAGAUGGGAACAUAAUAGCAAUGAAAACAAAAGCUUCAUCAAAGGGUAGAUUUUACGCAAAUAUUGAUUACAAGGCAGAGCAGGUAAGGAGAAGUGAGGAGAAUAGAGAGCGUUAUAGAAAUCCUAAAAAUGAUGUAGCCUUUCGCCGUAUAUUUGGUUCGGAGAAGAAUAAAGACAUUCUGAUUCAUUUUAUUAAUGAUGUAUUGGAGCUUAAAAGCAGUGAUAGAAUUAAGGAAGUAAUAUUUUUGCCCACUAUCCAAAUACCGGAGAUUGCUGCUAAAAAGCAGAGUGUAGUUGAUGUGUUAUGUAAAGAUGAAAAUGGAGUGCAGCUUAUUAUCGAGAUGCAAGUAUCUCCACAAGAAGGUUUUGAGAAGCGAGCUCAGUAUUAUGCAGCUAAAGCCUACUCACGGCAGUUAAAUAAAGGCAAGGAAGAAGGGGCUAGAUAUAUAGAUUUAAAAUCGCAUGCAGAUGAAACAAGUGAAUCGGACUUACGUAAGAUCAUAGGAUCAGAUCAAGUAAUAGAGAGAGCUUAUGAAGAAUUGAACCAGUUUAACUGGACGGAAGAAGAAUUGUUAACUUAUGAGCAAGAAACUAAACGUAUCAUGGAUAAUAAAGCAGCAGAAGAUUACCUAAUAGAAACUGCUAAAGCUGAAGGUAAAGCUGAAGGUAAAGCUGAACGAAAUAUUGAAGUAGCUAAAAACCUUAAGAAAGCAGGAGUGUCUACUGAAAUAAUCUCUCAGUCUACUGGUUUAACCAAAGAAGAAAUCAAGAAGUUAUGUUAUAUGACAAAAAAAAGACCUCCAUCAAGUCCAACCGGAGCAAGUCCUGAGGCGAAAAAGCAAGAUAGUAGAACUGGUCCCCCUUUUCAAAGGGUUCAGGAGCAAGUUGAUGAAAAUAACACAAACAAACUCACAAUUAACCCCAAGUAUUGGUAUACUGAUAAUAAUAUCAACACUUAUGUUACUAAUGUUGUCAAACCUAGAUUAGGUGGAUUUGAAGAUGAUGUAAGUGGUGCUAAGUGUUCAUUUCUUCUUAAAAACCAAUUGGGUAAAAAUAAUGAUCUUUAUUACAUUUUAUAUUCGGGUGCUGUAGAUAGUACUGAAAAGAGUAUACCAUUAGAUGAUAGGAGAGAUGUUUUUGAUGAAUUAAACUCAUUGAUACAAGGACAAGAUUAG